AUGUCGACAUCAGGGACUAUCAGCAAUUAUUAUGUCGACUCCCUUAUCAUGCAUGAGAACGAGGAGCUGCUGUCGUCCAGAUAUGCCUCGGGUCCACUGGCUCAGUCUUCCAGACAGACAGCUCUUGCUGAGCACCCCGACUUCUCCCCAUGUAACUUCCAGUCCAAAGCCACUGUGUUCAGCACCUCCUGGAGCCCAGUUCAUGCGCAGAGCUCUGCCAAUAUGCCCACUGUUUAUCACCCGUACAUGCACCAGGCGCCCAUUGCCGCCGCGCCCGAUGGUAGGUACAUGCGCUCCUGGCUAGAGCCCAUGCCGGGAACCCUGUCUUUCACCGGGUUACCUUCCAGUAGACACUACGGCAUCAAGCCCGAGCCUGUAGCGGCUCGCAGGAGUGACUGCACCACGUUUGAAACACACACGUUAGCCCUCUCAGAUUAUACUUGUGGACCUUCUCCUGUCGACAAACGUGUGAGCGAGGUUUCCUUCACUGAAAAUAAUGGAGAGAUUGAAUCAAACGCAGAUAAGCUCCAUAUGGAUCCAAAUAACCCUUCCGCCAAUUGGCUGCAUGCAAGAUCUACAAGAAAGAAACGUUGCCCCUACACCAAGCAUCAGACCUUGGAGCUGGAGAAGGAAUUCUUGUUUAAUAUGUACCUCACACGAGACCGCAGAUAUGAGGUCGCAAGGGUCCUUAACCUCACCGAACGGCAAGUUAAAAUCUGGUUUCAGAACAGGAGGAUGAAGAUGAAAAAAAUCAACAAGGAACGACCUAAAGACGACCGGUGA